UGAGGCGUUCCACCAUUCAUACUGUGUUGAAGAGCCUCCUCCAAAUAAAACCCUAAAGCGGCGGCCACUUCCUUUCACCUCGCUCUCCUGCCGCCGAAAAAAUGGCACCGAAGAAGGCUGUUGGAAAAGCUUUGGCGAAGAAGAAGCCGGAGAAGGUGGUGAACCCGCUAUUUGAGAAGCGUCCGAAGCAGUUUGGAAUCGGUGGGGCAUUGCCGCCGAAGAGGGAUCUCACACGGUUCGUCAAAUGGCCGAAAGCUGUUCAAAUUCAGAGGAAGAAGAGGAUUCUCAAGCAGAGGCUCAAGGUUCCACCAGCUUUGAAUCAGUUCACCAAGACCCUUGACAAGAAUCUUGCAACAAACUUGUUCAAGAUGCUUUUGAAGUAUAGGCCAGAGGAUAAAGCACAGAAAAGGGAGCGUCUUUUGAAAAGAGCUCAGGAAGAGGCUGAAGGCAAAUCCCACGAUGCGAAAAAGCCUAUCGUUGUUAAAUAUGGUCUCAACCAUGUUACCUAUCUCAUUGAACAGAACAAGGCACAGCUGGUCGUGAUUGCACACGAUGUGGACCCAAUUGAGUUGGUAGUUUGGCUCCCAGCUCUGUGCAGAAAGAUGGAAAUUCCAUACUGCAUCGUGAAGGGAAAAGCACGAUUGGGAGCGAUUGUCCACCAAAAGACUGCAUCAGUUUUGUGCUUGACAACCGUGAAGAACGAAGAUAAGCUGGAGUUUAGCAGGAUCCUCGAAGCUAUUAAGGCUAAUUUCAAUGAUAAGUACGACGAGUACAGGAAGAAGUGGGGUGGUGGAAUCAUGGGUUCCAAAUCCCAGGCUAAAACUAAGGCAAAGGAGAGGCUGCUGGCGAAGGAAGCUGCUCAGAGGAUGUCUUAGGUAUCAGAAUUGUUCUUUUAUGAUAACUUGCAGAAUUGUUGUCUGAUUCUUUUUGGUUGUUUAGCUUACUUAUAUGCGUCUUUUAAGGCUGAGAACUUCUUGUUGUAGUGCUCUGUCCCUGUAACCCUCUUAUUUAUCUUAGAUUAACUUUGAAUGCCAUCAGUUUGUCAUUUCUAAUA